GUAGUAAGUUCAGUGACAAUGAUGGCUCAUCUCACGUGUCUUCUCUUUGUGUUGUGGGUUGGUGUCUCAGUGAGCACAGUGGUGGAUCUGCAGAAGAGAAUUUAUGGUGGAAAAGACUGUGACAAAAAGGAGCGACUGUACCAUGUCAGCCUGUCAAAGAAAUCUGAUGGAAAACCUGGUGACUGUGGUGGCUCUCUGAUCACUAAUCAGUGGGUUCUCACUGCAGCUCACUGCAAGACUAAUCCAAUAAAGUAUGCAGUUGUAAAUGUGCAUCCAGGCCCAGGAAAUGCAGAAGAAAUUGAAGACAUUAAACCCCAUCCACAAGUUGACCUCAUGCUUCUGAAGUUAAAAAAGCCCAUUACUACGAUUUCACCUGUAGCACUUCCUUACUGCAAGGAUAAAAACAACAAUAUUAUUGAUGAGCCUAAAAUAGGUCGUGACGUUCAGAUUGCAGGCCAUGGUGAUUAUAAAAUUGAUAAAAAGACGGGAAAGAAACUCACUAGUUAUCCAAGUGAACUCCAGUGUGCAGCUAUGCGUGUUGCUGACUGUGAGCCUAUCAAAAAUGAUCCAGAUUAUUCACACGUGCCAUAUGACCACAGGAUGUGUUACAAAGACACUCAAGUAGAUACAUGUGCGGGUGAUUCUGGUGGUGGAGUGAUCUACAAUAACAUGAUUUAUGGUGUACACAUUGGUGGUGAUACAUGUGUCUUUACUGAGCCAGCUGUUUCUGUGAAGGUCUGUUUUUACCUUGACUGGAUAAAUCAGACAAUGGAAAAUAACUAAAUGAAAAC